UGAUUUCGUAAAAUAUGUAUAGUGAUUUAUAUAAAUAACAUAUCUUUAUUAAAUAUUUAUCUAAUGAUAAUAGUAAAGAUUAAAAUUCAACCUUCCAUUAUUUAGUAUUAAUUUAUUUGCAAAGUGUGUGAUUAUAAUGAGUUUUGGUGUGAAAUUUUUUAAUGCAAUUGGAACUGUAAUACAAUAUUCAUGUAUAACACAUUGUAUUUUAGAAUAUGUCGGUGAUUUUAUUGUGUGUACGGGGCCAUCAAUGGAGCCAACAUUAUACAGUAAAGAUGUAAUAUUCACCGAACACAUAAGUCAUCGUUUACAGAGGUUAAAAAAAGGUGACAUAAUUAUUGCCAAGUGUCCCAUAAAUCCGCACCAACAUAUUUGUAAACGAAUUAUAGCAGUUGAGGGGGAUAAAAUUCGUUAUGGUUUCAAAAAAUAUGUUGUACCACCAGGCCAUUUAUGGUUAGAAGGAGACAAUCGAGAUAAUUCAACUGAUUCUAGGUUAUAUGGUCCUGUACCUCAAGGGCUGAUAAGAAGUCGUGCUGUUUGUAAAAUCUGGCCUUUAAGUGAUUUUACUUUAUUCACCCAUGAUGAUUGACAAUCUUUUUAUAAAGGAGAGGCUUCAAAAAGGCCCCAUUAUCAGUCUCUUUGUCAUUUUUUGUGCUACUUGAUAGGAUCUUUAUGAAAAGAACUAUUUAACCUCAUUUUUGUUUUUGCAAUCUUUAUAAAGAUCAUAAAGAUCAAUUAGAUAAUUAUCUAGUUAUUUCAUAUACAACAAAAUUGAGUAACAAAGCGAUUAUAAUAUAAAUAGUGCACAAAUACAUAAGCCAUUACAUACAUAGAAAUGGUUGUUUUACCGCACUGCUCUCAUGGGGGCCAGUAAAGGGUCUUUUCAAUACCCCUCCUUUGUAUAUAUUUUAAAAUCAUCAAUGUGAUAACUUAGUAAAUAUUCUAAAUAAUAACUUCAUUAAUUAAUAUUUCCUGCAUACAUUUAUAUUUAUAUAAUAAUAUUCAAAUUCAAAGGCAAUGUAAAUGUCGGAUUGUACACUCACAAUAUUGGUUAUGUGCAGGAAACAAGGUGACUAAAUUUGAAAUAAAUUAAGACAAAAGAUGUUUGGUAAUUAAAGAUAGGCUGAUUUAUCAAAUGAUUAAGAAUAAAUAAUAAUAAACUUCAUUCAUAUAAAAA